AUGGUACAAUGGGUAGAUCAACGGGUAGAUUACGAUCCAUUUCUCACCGCACCGCAACCGUCAAAUCCAUGGAUUACCGAUGACACGAAUCUCUGGACACUCAACACUGACACUGUCGAAGUGCCAACGGAGAGGCGAGUAAAGCGAUGGGGUUUGUCUGUACAGGAGCUUGUCAAGGACCCAAUAGGACGUCAGGUCCUUGAAACAUUCCUCGAAUCCGAGUUUUCCUCCGAAAAUAUCCGAUUUUGGAUUGCGAUACAAGACCUCAAGUACUCGCCGAAUGAACAGAUCGAUCAAAAAACGGAACGGAUCUAUGAGGAAUUUUUGGCACCCGGAGCCCCUGCACAGGUCAACGUUGACUCUCGGACAUUGGAUCAAACGUUGGAUUGUCUGCAGAAGGCAACGACAGCAUGUACACGACGUCAUGCAUUCACACAUUCUGAAGAGCAUGUCUUCACCCUCAUGGCUAAGGACUCUUAUCCACGAUUUGUACGGUCUCAAAUUUAUAAGGUAAUUAUGCUUUGUUUCAAUUUAGUCUAA